AUGCUUCUUCUUGCCGCUAGAUCUAGACCUAUGCUCAACACAAAGCUUUGCAUGCAAGCCUUCAAAUAUUCCACUGUUCCAAAGCAAGCAGCAGGUCGAUUUACCAGCAACAAGUUGAUCAGUCAACCCAUUGAAGGGCAUACCAAAGAUGUGCAAAAGACAUUGGUAUAUAUAGGCCCUUUUGCAGAGACAAUGAGACGAUACAAAAUGACAGCUUCGUUCUUUGGAUUAUGUGGUAUCUUUGCAGUACCUGCGCUAUUGAGUACAGGGCAAGCGCCUGCCAUGAGUGUGGCAUUAGCUGGAUUUUCUGCGGUAUCACCAGCCAUCUUUGUGCAUUUAUAUACCAAUGGCUAUGUUACCAAAUUGGUUGUUUACGACGAUGUCAAGAGUGUUGAAAAGGACCGUAAAAAGCCCAAAUUGAUCAAGGACAAGUUCAUUGGAAUCGAGACAGUGUCUUUCUGGGGUAGAUUCAAGGAAGAAACCAUGUGGCUAUCGCAAUUAGCCUAUAAAUCAACACCCAAAGGGAUCACAUGGCAACAAAAGAUAGGUGCUAAGCAUGUAUAUACUCUCGAACGAGAGAUCAUGGAGGCAGAUCCAUAUCUCAAGGCUUUGGCAGACCGUGUUCAGAGACGAGAAGCUUAG